AUGAUGCGCCGUCUACUCGUCCCCGGCGUGCUGGCGCUCCUCGUGGAAGCGCAGAAAGCAGGCCAGGUGAUCCCUGAAGUCCACCCGACCCUCUCGUGGAAGCGAUGCAGCCGCGACGACGCCACGGGGACCGCCACCUGCGCGACGGUGGCCGGCAAGGUCGUCGUCGACGCGGAGAAGCGCUGGGUCCGGGCCGCCGACGGCUUCGCCAACUGCUACACGGGGAACAGCUGGGACGCGGGGCGCUGCCCGACCAACGACGCCUGCACGGCGGCCUGCGUCAUCGAGGGCGUGGACGCCGCGGGCCUGCGGGACCAGUUCGGCGUCGUCGCGAGCGGGGACCGGCUGUCGCAGCGGCGGGUGACGCAGCACGCGUUCGGGACCAAUAGCGACUCGCGCGUGUUCCUACUCGAGGCCGGCGAGGAGCGGUACCAGACCUUCACGCUGCUGGGCAACGAGCUCGCCUUCGACGUCGACCUGUCGGCGGUCCAGUGCUCCGUGAACAGCGCGCUGUACUUCGUCGCCAUGGACGCCGACGGCGGCAAGACGAGGCACCCCACGAACAAGGCCGGGGCCCGGUACGGGACCGGCUACUGCGACGCGAGCUGUCCCCGGACCAACAAGUUCGUCGGGGGCAAGGCGAAUGUAGAGGGUUGGAGCGUGCUCGACGAUAACAGCGGCGAGGGCUCCUUUGGCGCCUGCUGCUCCGAGUUCGACGUCUGGAACUCCAACGCCCAUUCCUUCUCCAUGAUCGCGAAGCCCUGCGUCGACGUCGACUACGAGGUGUGCUCGCAAGGAGACUGCAAUGCCCUCGACCCCAGGAGCCCGCAACCUGGACAGCUUCUGUGCGACCGGACAGGCUGCGACUACAACCCGUACAGGCUCGGCAACACGACAUUCUACGGCAAGGGGAAGACGGUGAACACGGACAAGAAGAUUACAGUCGUCACCCGGUUCGAGGAGGACGAGGUCACCCAGUUCUUCAUCCAGGACGGCAAGAGGAUCGAGGCGCCCAAGCCGAACCACCCGGGCUUCCCCGACGAGAGCGGCAUCAGCGCCGGGCACUGCGCCGCGCUGCCGCCUAACUUUGGGGACCCGGAGCACUUCGGCCAAGUGGGCGGCUACGCCCGCCACAACGAGGCGCUCCAGCGGCCGAUGGUCCUCGCCCUGUCCAUCUCCAAGGAUCACUGGGCGAACAACCUAUGGCUCGAUUCCGUGUACCCUCCCCAACGGGACGGCCCGGGAGCGGAACGGGGGCCUUGUCCGUCGAACCAAGGCUUGCCUGGCUUGCCCUGGGUCGAGGUGGAUGAUUCCAGGGUUGCGUGGUCCAACAUCCGCUUUGGACCCAUCGGGACCACGGUCUAG